CCCUCGCUUCUUCAGGCAGCAGAGCAGAGUCUCCGGGAGCUCAGAGCCCAGCGGGACAGGCCCUCAGCUAGAGGCCCACCAUGGCACCCCUGAGGCCCUUUCUCAUGCUGGCCCUGCUGGCAUGGGUUGCUCUGGCUGACCAAGAGUCAUGCAAAGGGCGCUGUGCAGAGGGUUUCAAUUCUGACAAGAAAUGUCAAUGUGACGAACUCUGCUCUUAUUACCAGAGCUGCUGUGCUGACUACACGGCUGAGUGCAAACCCCAAGUGACUCGUGGGGAUGUGUUUACUAUGCCGGAAGAUGAAUACUUUGAUUAUCCUGAAGAGACUACAAUAUACAAUGCCACUGUUCCUGAACAGCCGGAGAGCACUCCCCUGGGCCCUAGCAUGCUGCCCCAGCCAGAAGGGACUUCUGUAUUUGAGACAAGCACCACAAGGCCUGAGGUGAAAACCUCUAGGCCUGAGGUGAGCCUAGAGACUGAGAUCGCUUAUCAAAGUACCUCAGAGCCAGCCACCGAGGAGGAGCUGUGCAGUGGGAAGCCCUUCGAUGCCUUCACCGACCUCAAGAAUGGUUCUGUGUUUGCCUUCCGAGGGCAGUACUGCUAUGAGCUGGAUGAAACGGCAGUCAGGCCUGGCUACCCCAAGCUCAUCAGAGAUGUCUGGGGCAUCGAUGGCCCCAUUGAUGCCGCCUUCACUCGAAUCAACUGUCAGGGCAAGACCUACCUUUUCAAGGGUAGUCAGUACUGGCGCUUUGAGGAUGGUGUUCUGGAACCUGAUUACCCCCGAGACAUCUCUGAAGGCUUCAGUGGCAUUCCGGACAACGUGGAUGCAGCCUUGGCCCUUCCUGCCCACAGCUACAGUGGCCGGGAGCGGGUCUACUUCUUCAAAGGGAAACAGUACUGGGAGUACGAGUUCCAACACCAGCCCAGCCAGGAGGAGUGUGAAGGCAGCUCCCUGUCGACGGUGUUUGAGCACUUUGCCCUGCUGCAGCGGGACAGCUGGGAGGACAUCUUUGAGCUGCUCUUCUGGGGCAGAUCCCCUGGUGGUGCCCAAGAGCCCCAGUUCAUCAGCCGAGACUGGCACGGUAUACCUGGAAAAGUGGAUGCUGCCAUGGCUGGCCGUAUCUACAUCUCAGGCUCAGCACUCCACGCCCCCCAGGCCAAAAAGCAAAAGUCGAGGCGCCGCAGCCGCAAACGCUACCGUUCUCGCCGUGGCCGCGGUCGUAGCCAGAGCUCCCGCCGGUCAUCCCGUUCUAUCUGGCUGUCUUUAUUCUCCAGUGAGGAAAGUGGGUUUGGAACCUACAACUAUGAUGACUACAAUAUGAACUGGCUUGUGCCUGCCACCUGUGAGCCCGUCCAGAGUGUCUACUUCUUCUCAGGAGACAAGUACUACCGAGUCAACCUUCGCACCCGGCGCGUGGACACUGUGAAACCUCCAUACCCACGCUCCAUCGCCCAGUACUGGUUGGGCUGUGCAGUCCCUGGCCAUGAGUAGCUGUUAAGAGUCCACACAUAUGGGGCCUCCCAUAGCUCUCUCUUCCGACCUCUGCUCCCAGCUCAAUAAAG